UUGAUAAGAUCAGCCUCUGCAGGGAGCUUCAAGAGUCUGCUAACACCAUGUCUCACCCCUUCUUUAACACCAGUCUUUCAGGAAACCAACUGUUCACCCAGAUCCGUAAUUUUCCACCAAUGAAAGACAUUCCCAAUGGGUUUUCUAGUGUUGGAUCUGCAAACAGUUUGUCUUCCUCUGGAGCUUCAUCUGUAAUUGUUGCCAGCUACAUGUCAGGUCAAAACAAACCCAUAUCAAAUAAUAACACAGAACGGUUAGAGGACUCAGUUCUUAGGAGUGAAAGCGCAGAACGGGACCCUUUGGACUUGAAGGGUGCCUUUGGCAUAAGACAGAGAAAGGAAUUUUCCUCAUCUGCAACAUCCUCAACAUCUCUAGGAGACACAGACCGCAGUGCUGCCAGUGACAAUGCCUCUUCAGACUGGUUGCCUAUAUAUAGACAAGCUGCCAAGACUGAUGCACCCAAAUGUCCUUCUUUAUCUCUUACAUCCUGUUAUAAUCAGAGUGGAGAGAGGGUCGACAACACUAAAGCAAUCCCUGGAUUAGAUCAUUCCCAGAAUCCAGUUCCAAACAAAUCAACUUUGUCGAUUGAUUCCAAUAAAAUGAACGGUGCUACAGAAUCAGCUGCUGAAAUCCUUCAGAGGUUUGGCCUCAAAGAAGAUGACUUGAAAGAACUUCACUCUUACCCUAUGGAUCAGAUAACUCCUCAAAGUCUUUCUUACAUUUUGCAGCAGAUUUAUAUUCAAAAGCAAAAAAGAGCUACAGGAAAGCCUUCUGAACCCCAUCCUCAACUACGAAGCAUUCUGAAGACGAGUAAAGGGAUUGACUAUCGGCAUUCUGAGCUUGAAAAGAACAGCAAUGAUAGCAGUCAGAGUGUAGACAGCUUUCAAACAGAUAAGGUUAGUACAGAUGCUUUGGAUUCAGAUAUGACUUCUUUAAUAAAAGUGGUACGUGACCCGUCUGAACGACUGGAGGCUAAGUCCUGUGAGAGGAUGACAAAACUUCUCCCAAAUAAAGUCCCAAAAUGUUCUCCUUUAAAAGAACCAGAGAAAGGUCACCUGGUGAUGUCUAAAUCCCCCAAAUCCUCCCCCCGAGUCUCUGGUCUUCUUAACUGUCAUUUAGAUCCUAAACGUUCGAAGAAAGAUCCUGUUAAAAUGAAAAUAAAUCAGACGGUGGUCAAUAAGGACAAGUCAAAGCAGCUGACUAAUCAGAAGUCUGCGAGUGAGAAAACUGGUUUUCAAACUCACAUUGGGACACAUCGACUGGAUGAUCAAAUGUUAAAGACUCCAAAAGAAUUGAGACAUCAAGGUUCUGCUGAAGCAGUGUCGAGCAAACCGGCUGAAGUCCAGGAGUCUUUUGCAAAACCUCUGCCAACACUUAGUGAGAUUGACGACUACGAGGGAGUCCGACCGAGCAAAUUUCCGCAUACGUGUUCUCUCUGUGUCAAGAAAAUUGAGACCUUAUCGGUUUGGCACAACCACAUGGCAAACAAGAACCACCUAAAGAACGUCGAAAUCUUCAAGAUAAAAUACCCUCAUUGGAUUGGUCACACAGAAACUUUGCACAGCAAAAAUACCAAAGAAGGGUCUGCCAUAUGUGACGGUUCACAACAUCGUCAACAAAAAAGCAAACCAGAGAGCAGUUCCCACUCAAAUGGCACCAGCAGCAAUCCAGGUUUUGAGGGUCGAAGGGAGGAGUCCGGUAGCGGUUCUCGGGCUAAAGACACAGUGCGGAGAUCGCGUUCCCACUCACACAGCCCCGGGUCAAACCAAAGGUUGAAGAAAAAACAGCUCAGCUCCAGAAGCAGAUCCCCUUCCAACUCUCCUGCGGACUCCCAUCAAGUAAAAUACACUCCAGAGUCAGCAGCUAAGAUUCUUCAGAUAAUUGGACUUGAGAAAGAAGACUUAGAAGAGCUUGACUCCUAUGCAGAGGAUCAGGUCACUCCUGAAAAUCUACAUCUGAUUUUGCGUCAGAUUUUCCUAAAAAAGAAGAAAAAAGCCAAAGCUACAGAAAGCCCCUCUGAACCAAAACCUAACACAAGUGUGACUUCAACCGACAGUUUAAACAGACCUGAGACAUCUUUGAAAAAAAGGCCUCUGAAACCACUUAAAGGGACCAACGACAAGCUUUCUUCUAAUUCUAAUAUUGUUGAAGAUAAGUUAAAGCAGAGCAGUAAGGAAAGCAACAAGACAGGCGGAGAUAUUUUACCUCUGGAUAAUCCUUUGCCCAAUCCUUGUAAGAAGAAAAAGCUGCAAAAAAAUGUGAAACACAUCAAAACUAACAAUUUGGACUCAAAGAAUCGGCCCGUGAAUAAACCAGAUGGUGAUCAGAAUAAAAAACUGAAAGACAAACUGAAAAAUAAGCUUGCAAAGCCUCUCAAGGUCAAGCAAAUUGCUUCAAAACAACCUCAGUCUGGUGCAAUGUCAGCGUCAAAAUUGAAAAAAGAGGCUUGUCCCAGCGGUUCAGAUCCAAAAAGUACAAAGAAAAAAAGUCAAGGUAAAAGAGCAAUAGCUGUUGUAAAGGAGCCAAAGGUCCAGAUGGAGAAAAAAAACACGAAAAAAAAGCUGAAAAGGAAGAAUCCACAAAGUGUUAAAGGUGAAUCCAAGGCUAGGAGGGCUUCCCCAUGCAUUUCUCCAAGCAAACCAGCCCUUAUUAAAGGCUCGUUGUCCAAUUACUUGCCAACGCUAGCCAUGAUUAAAGACUAUGCAGCAGCCACGCCGAGAACCUUUCCACAUACCUGCUCUAUCUGCAACAAGGAAUGUCCUUACAUGCAGGAUUGGCUGUUUCACCAGAACAGCAGCUUUCACCUUGAGAGCUGUGGAAUCCUCCGGGCCCAAUAUCCACAAUGGGAUGGAGACGUUCUUCCGAUACUCUGUGCCGACAGUCGUUCACCAUCACUCAGCCCUCGUCAUUAUUACGGCUCAGAGAGUGGAAGAAUCCGAUCCAGAAGUCGUUCCCGCUCUUCUUCAUGCAGCUUGCCCUCUCACCAUUCCCCGGAUGGCCGACUGUCAAGGACCAGGUGCAGAUCACGGUCCAGCUGCCACCGCCGCAGUGGGUCCAGAAGCAGAAGAAGGAGGAGCAUCAGCAGAUCCAGAUCACCUUACAGCUAUAGAUACGCUCAGAGAUCUCAGUCUCUCAACGCAAUGGAGUAUCCCGCUCCACUCAGUGUUGCUCACAUUCAAGAAGCCAUGGGAGACGGUCCUCCUCCGGUACGAGAGACCAAAAAUAAACCUUAUUAUGACAAACCUACAGGGGUUGAUUGUCCACAGAGAGGAGUGAGGAAAAUAGACAUGAGUAACAUCAGAGUUUUGACAGGAUGAAGUCAGCAUCCUCUUCACCAUUCAGCAGCAUCAUCAACCAGGACCUUAUAAAUAGGAUGGAAAUGAUGCCCACUCCCUGCCUAAUCAUUGGUUGCAGUUAAAACACAAUUUGAUACACAGUUUUUAUGUUUUAUAAGAGUUUAAUAAACAAUAUAUGCAAAACUUUUUCUCUUUA